UUUAACUUCUCUAAAUUAUCAAUAUAAUAAUUAUUGUAAUGUCGACGAGCAAACGUCGUGCAGACAGUUUGAAGGUUUCUGUAAAUGUAGCUGAAUGUAAAAUUUGCCGUUCUGAAGAUUGUACUCAUUGUAAUCCAAAGAAUUGUAAUUGUUGUUAUGAAAACUGUAUAUGCGAACAAAAAUGUGUAUGUCAUCAAUCAGUAAAAGCAAACGAUUGUGCUUGUGUUGAAUGUACAUGUCAUAAUGUAGAUUCGAACAAUCGAACAAAACCUCUGAAGAUUGGUGGAAGACCACCCGAUACCCCCGAAUUUUUAGCGCAUAUGCCCGAACAUGGUCUUAAAAUAAAUGAUUAUUUCAAAGAGCAUAAAAUUCAUGAAUUUUUCCAUUUCUUAAUGUGUCAUUUAUUAGCUAAAAUGCCUGAUAAACCUAUAGAAUUCUUAUUGGAUUUGCUAGAUAGAAUUCAAAAUUACGCAGUUAGUUUUGAUUUUAAGCCACCAUUAUUAUACGAUGAGAAACAUAUUGUAUCGAUAUAUAACGCAAUGGAUCCUUUAGGCUUUAACUGUAUAAAUUACAAUCAAUAUUACAAUGGACUUAUAACGCUAGGUGUGGAUAAUUUCACAACAACUCCUCCACUUGACGAAAAUCAAAUGAUAAGCAAGCAUUUCUUUUGCUCACAUGCAAAACAAUGUUUAAUACUCGCUUUAAACGAUUUGUUAACAUAUCCUAAUCCAGAAGAUGGAAGGUCUGAUGUGACAGAAAAUACAAAUUCGACUGUAGGAGGAACAUUGAACAGCACUACAUUAAAUGAAAGUGAAAAUGAAAGUUCUCAACUAAAUAAAGAAAUAAAUUAAUAAUUUUCUAUUCAAUGCCUAUGUGGAAAAGUUGAAGAAUGUUGGUCAGGUGGUGAAGCUUUACAAAAAAAAAUUCAAUGUUAAAUUUUGUUGUAAAUGUGAAGAAUGUUCUGUGUUAUACAAGGUUUCACUGUAAUACAUUUAAU